GGGUAACCAUGCACAUCGUCGCCCCGUACGACCGGGCCUUCGAUGGGUUCGGUAGGCGGAAGCAGGUUAUUGAGUUGCGGUAUUUAUAUCGCUCUACUCGAUAGCUAAAGCUUUGGGUUACAUGAUUCGCCAAGGUGGGCCACCACGACAUGCAGCACGGGACCGCACCUUCCCUUAAACCUUGUUUUGCAAUUACGUGAGCUCAUCGCGCUACACAAACGGCCCGCCAGUCUUAGUAGCCCCUGUAACUCCUGCCAAGCCUUACUUAGCCAUCCUGGGCUUGUGGAGCCACGGUAGCCACGCUGCUUCCCUUCCCUUCCCCACCCCCGCUGUGCAUGGCAGUGGUAGCCCGCUCGUCAAGUAUAAAACCCAUCGGUCGUCCACCCUGGGUACCAUAUCGAUCAAGUGGUAUAACUGCUCUUUUUACAACACCAGACACCAAUACCAGUCUCUUAAAAGGUUUCUCGUCUCGACACCAGAUCAGAUCAAUCAUAAUGAAGUUCACCACCAUCUUCGUUGCUGCCGCUGCCCUCUUCGCCGGUGUUCAGGCUCAGUCCUCUGUCACCUCCUCUGUCUCCUCCGCACUCUCCUCGGCCUCUUCUGCCGCCUCCUCGGCUUCUUCCGCUGCUUCCUCUGCGUCGUCCGCCGCCUCUACUUCCAGUGCAUCCUCUGUCUCCAGCGUCGGUUCUUCUGCCUCUUCCGUUGCCAGCAGUGCUUCGUCUGUCGCGGCUUCCGCUUCUUCGCACGCUGCUAGUGCCACUUCGCAUUCGAGCUCGAGCGCGGCUGCGACUAGCUCGAGUGGAGCUAUGGUGAACCAGGUUGCUGGUGUUGCCGUCGGUGCUGUGUUGGCUGCUGCUGGAUACCUUGCUUAAAUGUCAGUUGGUCAUGGGCUGUCCUUGUUUUGAGUGGAUGGGCACGGUGCAUGGGGAUGAGGUGUGUUGAGAGCAAGAUAGGGCGUGUGUUUCAUGGAUACCAGGUUGAAUGAAGGGUUUGCGGACAUGUCUCUCUUUCUCUGGUUUUUCUUUUUCUUUAAUUCACCGAGUUUUCGGAAAUGGUGUCUCCACAACUUCAUCCAUAAGCCGCGGCCGGCUCGUUC